CUUGUCGUUUUUUCAAAUCCUCACUCUUCUCUCUGUCUCGUUGAACAUGGCGACCAUUGCAACACAACCCUCAACAUUUCACACUCCGAACCCUCGUUCAGCCGCUUCUCUCAACCCAGCUUUCUCAACAGCCAUAGCUUUCCCUUCAAAGCUUUCUGGGUUUCUCUCAAAACCUCUCAACUAUGAACCAAGGUCAAGGAGGAGUACGGCGGUGUUGGUCUCUGAAAGAAACGUGGACGAGAAUAUCGCUGGCUCUGCAUUUUCAUCUAAUGGCUCUAAUCCUUCCUCGUCCCGAUCAAAGGUGAGACGGCACACAAUUUCAGUGUUUGUUGGAGAUGAAAGUGGAAUGAUAAAUCGGAUUGCAGGGGUCUUUGCAAGGAGGGGAUAUAACAUUGAGUCCCUUGCUGUUGGUCUGAACAGGGACAAAGCACUUUUCACAAUAGUCGUGUGUGGAACUGAAAGUGUGCUACAACAAGUUGUGGAGCAGCUUCAGAAGCUUGUGAAUGUUAUAAAGGUCGAAGAUAUAUCAAAUGAGCCACAAGUAGAACGUGAGCUAAUGCUCAUAAAAGUCAAUGCAAAUCCGGAGUACCGUGCUGAGAUUAUGUGGUUAGUGGACACUUUCAGAUCAAGGAUUGUGGAUAUCUCAGAACACUUUCUAACAAUUGAGGUAACUGGAGAUCCAGGGAAGAUGGUUGCUAUGCAAAGGAACUUAAGCAAGUUUGGAAUCAAAGAAAUCGCCAGAACUGGAAAGAUUGCAUUAAGAAGGGAAAGAAUGGGUGCAUCUGCUCCAUUUUGGCGAUUCUCAGCAGCUUCAUAUCCAGAUCUUGAAGUAACAAUGCCUACCCGUGGUCCUCUUGAACAUGCAGAACUCAAUGGUGGAAAUGACAUAUCUGCAGGGGGUGAUGUUUAUCCUGUGGAGACAUCUGAUGGAUUUGCAUUCAAUCAAGUUCUUGAUGCUCACUGGGGUGUUCUCAAUGAUGAAGAUACAAAUGGACUACGAUCGCACACCUUAUCCUUGCUUGUAAAUGACUUUCCUGGAGUUCUCAACAUUGUUACUGGGGUUUUUGCUCGAAGGGGCUAUAACAUUCAGAGUUUGGCUGUCGGACGUGCUGAAGUUGAGGGGCUCUCUCGCAUUACAACUGUUGUUCCCGGAACAGAUGAAUCAAUUAGCAAGUUGGUGCUGCAACUUAAUAAGCUAGUAGAUCUUCAUGAGGUUCAUGAUAUUACCAACUUGCCAUUUGCUGAGCGCGAAUUGAUGUUGAUAAAGAUUGCUGUCAAUGCUACUGCUCGACGGGAUGUACUUGACAUUGCCAACAUUUUUAGGGCCAAAGCUGUUGAUGUGUCUGAUCACACAGUAACCCUUGAGCUUACGGGGGAUUUGGACAAGAUGGUUGCGCUGCAGAGAUUAUUAGAGCCCUAUGGCAUUUGUGAGGUGGCGCGAACUGGGCGGAUAGCACUUGUCCGGGAGUCAGGUGUGGAUUCCAAGCACCUUCGUGGAUAUUCAUUUCCAUUAUAAUUUGAGGACUUGGGAAAGCAUCUCUGGCAGUGUUGGAGAAACUUGAGUGAAUUAUCCAUCUGCGCAUUCAGUCUCUGUAUAUAUUUGUCUGACCAAGGAAAGGGUAAAAUGGAAAGAAGUUGGAGCCAAAGGAAUUCAGCCUCAAGGUACUAGUGUUAAGCUUGUGUGUAUUGGAUUAAUAUGUUUUAAUUUUUUUUGUGGGGGUUUGUGGCUGUUUGUUCUUAUAUAUGUCAUGUCAGACUGUCAAUUUUGCUUUGCAACAGAAAAUUUUGUAAGAGAACAGGCCAGAAUUUCAUGUUAGGUCUCUUGUACAUGAUUGUUUUGAUUUUUUUCUU